ACGCAGUAUUUCUGAACUGGUGCAGUGCCGGUUCAUCUCCAUCGAUGGUGUGCAGAACAAGGGGGACCUAAAGGAAAAACUUUGUCAAAAAAAUCUCCACGUUAAUUUAAAAAAAAAAACGUAACUUAAAAAUUCAUCAACAUGAGUUUACUUUCCUCCUCCUCACUGAUCCGGCGCUGGGACAACCAUUCCAGCCCCUACCGCCUCUCCCAGAUGUCCUUCACUCCCUCACGGCGGCUGUUGAAGUCAGAGCCUUUGCGAUACUGGGAGCCAAAUGAGCUGAGUGUGGUAUGUACAGAGCUGCUGGGAGUGAGAGCUCAGGAAAAAGAAGAAUUAGUGGGGCUGAAUGACCGUUUUGCCUCCUACAUUGAGAAGGUGCGUUGUUUGGAGCAGCAGAAUCGAAUGUUAAUGGGGCAGUUGGAAGCCCUGCAGGUAAUGCAGACUCAGCCAUCUCGGCUGCAGCAACUAUUCAGACAAGAGGCACAGGAUCUUCGCCAGCAGCUGCACCAUGAGACCCAGGACAAGGAACACAUGGAGGUGCGCAAAGACAAGCUGCGAGUGGAGCAGGAGCAGCUGGAAAAGAGAUGGCAGGAGGAGGUGCGGCAGCGUGAGUGGGCUGAGGAUGAGCUGCAGCGUGCAAGAGAUGAGGCAGACAGGACAGCAAUGUUAACCUGUGACGCUGAGGUGAGACUGAUUUCUUUGGCGCAGGAGUUAGCCUUUCUGAAGCAGGUGUUUGCAGAAGAGCGGGAGGGGCUGAAGGUGCAGUUGCAGGUGUCCAGUCUCACCACAGAGCCAGAUGUGAGCAGACCAGACCUCUCAGCCGCCCUGAGAGAGAUCCGUACACAGUAUGAAAACUUGGCCAAGCGCAACAUGCAAACCGCCGAAACCUGGUACCAGGGAAAGGCGGCCAACGUGGCACAAGUAGCCGAUAAGCAGCAGGAGGCUGUGCGCUUGGUGCGUGGGGAAACGGCCAAGCACCGUCAGCUGCUGCUGGCUUGCUCCAAUGAGGUUGAAACUCUGAAGAGUGUUAUCAACUCUCUGAAUUCUCAGCUCAGAGAACUAGAGGAGACACAGAGUGAGGAGGUUGCCAAGUAUCAGGGGAGGAUAAGUCAUCUGGAGAGGGAUAUUGCUGACGCUAAAGAGGAGAUGUCACGCUACUUGAAGGAAUAUCAUGAUCUGUUGAACGUAAAGAUGGCCCUGGACAUUGAAAUUGCAGCAUACAAGCAGCUGCUUGAGGGGGAGGAGAUUCGGCUGACGUACUACUCUCUGCCUAUUCUGGCAUAAACCCUAACCUUCUUAACUCCUUUCUAAAUUUCCAUCUACCAUAACCCUCCAAUGCUGAUCCUUUAUUCUCAUUAAACUUGACCUUUAACACAAUGUUUUAGCCUAAUAGAAUAUUUAAAACAAUGGGAUAAAAUGGUUGCCUCUUAACCAAGGGGUCUCCAAUUUUGCCCACAAUGAGCCGGUGUGACUGUAAGGUGUUCAUAUCAACCAAAACUGUUGUUUAGGUGUGACCCCUGUUUGGCUGGAAUGAAGGUCUGCAGCCACUCCAUCGCUUCAUCUUUAAUUCUAAUCCUAAUUGUCCAAACCCCAAACUAUCUUGUCCCUAACCUAAGACCUAACCCCAUAUUAUGACCCCUAACCAUAUAUUCACAUUACUGAUUUAAAGAGAAAUGAGCCCUUGUGUUACACAAGAGGUAAACCAGGAUCUUUCCCCUUCUUCUUCACACUAUAAAUGAAACAAUGCCACCAUGGAGAGAACACUAAGUUCAGCACUUGCCCAGUCGGAGUUUAAUAUCUUUGUUGGUGAAUUGUCAUUCCACAGUUCUUCUCUAAGUGCUAAUCAUGACUGGUGAUCAAGUCCCUUCUGCUCAAACUAUCAACCAGUCGUUUGUGAAGGUGGAUUCUUUUCAAAAACCAGUCUUGCAUUAGGCACUAUCAUUGUACUGAGGUAGUGACAUAGUUCUGACCCAAUAUCCACCAACAGAAUGUUACUCUGCACACUGAUUCUGUAAGAGUAGUAAAUAAACCGAGUGAAUGGUUUGUCAAGCCAUUUUGAGCUGUAGAACCUCAUUUGCUUAUUGUUCUUAUUCAUAGAUGACUUUUAGUCUUCAUCCUAGUACUGUGAGCAGUCAUUUCAGUAAUAAAAGAAAUCUUUGAUUUAAUAGAAAUAUCUCGACUAGAAAUGUCAAAUAUUGUUACUGAAGAAUCAUUAAUAGAAGAAUUGUGUUUAUCUUUAUCAAACACUACAGUACGGAAUCUAUGUGCUCUCAUCUGCUUCUGUUACAUCUGCUCAUUAAUGAAACUGAAAGUCAACUGCUAGUGGGUCAAACAACUAGCAGAGAAGUAACCGGCAACAGUAAUGUAAUGUUCUGUAGUCUGUACCUCUGCUCCUAAAACAAUACCUACUGAAUAAAACAAUACAAAUAUCA